UAAAUAUACACUACAAUUACACACAAAAAUCCUCAGUUCUCACUCACAAUUAAAUCAUUCAAAAUGAAUUCACAAUUACUCAUUUCCUUUGCAUUGUGUGCAUUUCUUUUUCAAUUCACUAGUGGCGGAAAGAUUAUAGAAACAGUUAAGGAGGACAUUCAUAAAGCAGGCGAAAAUAUUGAUUGUGCUUUUCGAGAUAUUGGAACAUUUUUGGGAAUUGGGAAAAGAGGACCAUGUGAGAAGGGAUCGGAUCAAAAAGGUAGUACUGAUAGUACUGGAUUAGGACAAGGAGGUACACAGCGUAACAAUAUUGGACAAAGUGGAUUCGAACAAAUUGGUUUUGGUCAGGGUGGAUUUGGGCAAGCACCAGGCGUAGGUGGAAAUGGAUUUGCACAUGGACAUGGACAAGGACAAGGACAAGCCAUGCAUACGUCGGGAGGUUUUGGACAAACUGGCUUCGGACAAGGAUAUUCUGGGCAAAAUAAUAAUGGAUAUAAUUCAUUAGGACAAGGAGAAAUUGGUGGACUGAGCAAUACACAAUUGAAUGGAUAUGGACAUAAAUCUGAAAGUACUACAGGUUUAGGAAGUAAGGAUGAUCCUACUGGAAAAAGUGGUUUGGAUAUGAGAUUCGAAAGUGGAUCUAGUUCAACAGCAUCACCAGAAUCAUCUACUAAAAAGCUUGAAAUAAGUGGAAGACGUAUUAUAUCAGCUCACUCUAACUGUCCUGCUGGAUACGUCGCAGACUCCAGAGGACGCUGUAGAGAAACAUUCUGAUUUUUAAAUUUUUUUGAUUUAUUUAUGUUUAUUUGUUUUGUUUUUAUAUCAUAAUGGUAUUAUGAAUA